AUGAAGCUCUCGGCCACCUCCGCCCUUGUGUCCUGGGCAAGCCUCAGCGCCUGUUUAAUUCACGAACGGCAGACGUCGAAGCCUCUCGUCGACUCGGGCAGUUUCCAAGAACAGAUUACCAAAGAGAAUCUGGAAGCCAACCUGGUCCGUCUGAGCGACAUUGCGACGGCCAACGGCGGCAACCGCGCCUUCGGCUACCCAGGCUACGACGCCUCCGUCGACUUCAUCUGGAGCCGCAUCUCGGCCGUCCAGGGCGCCAAAGUCUGGAAGCAAGACUUCCCGGCCGUCUUCAGCAGCGAGCUGAGGGCCAAACUGACCGUCGACGACGAGGAGCUCGCCGCCUACGGCUUGUCGGGAUCUCCCUUCACGCCGGGCGCGGGCAUCACUGGCGAACUCGCCGCCGGCCCGGAGGGCGUCGCCGCGUGUGAGGCGGCGUCGUACGCGGACCUCGACGUGGCCGGCAAGAUCGUCCUGGUCCGCGAGGCGUUGUGCCCGGGCUACCGAGACGGGUACCACGCCGGCGUCAUGAAGCCAGCCGCCGCGGCGGGUGCCGAGGCGGUGAUUGUCAUCAACGACUUUUACCUGAACCUCACCGCCGGGACCCUGGGCCCCGCGGAUGACGGGACCUACGUCCCGACUGGCUUCGUUAACCAGUACGUGGGGGACCCGCUCAAGGCUCGUCUGGACGCCGGCGAGACACUGACUGCCACGUUCUGGGAGGACGAGUUCGUCGACAGCCGGGUGACGCAGAACGUCUUCGCCGAGACCGAGGGCGGAGACGAGAACAAUGUCAUCGUUGUGGGUAGCCCUGUUCCGAGUGACCUGGAGGACCUGCUAAACAAAGCGCAGCUAGGAGCGCACCUCGACAGCGUUGCUUGGGGACCAGGCAUCAACGACAAUGGAUCCGGAACGUCGCUCCUGCUUGAGCUGUUCCUCGCCCUGAGCAAGUACAGGACCAACAACAAGAUCCGCUUUGCGUGGUGGGGUGCCGAAGAGAGGGGCCUCGUUGGGUCGCGGUACCACGUCAACAACCUCAGCGCGGCCGAGGCGGCCAGCAUCCUCGCCUAUCUCAACUUCGACAUGGUCUCUCGGGGCUACUACGGCGUGUUCGACGGCGACGGCGCCUCGUACGGCGUCGCCGCCCCGCCCGGCUCCGACGUGAUCCAGGACCUCUUCGCUGCCGAGUUCGCCGCCAAGGGCGUCAACGUCACGGCGGCCCGGUUCACCAACGGCAGCGACUACGCCUCGUUCUGGCAGGUCUUGAACAAGCCCAUCGGGGGCCUGCACACCGGGACCGGUUCCGCGCAGGACCCGUGCUACCACCAGCAGUGCGACGGCAUCAACAACCCGGACCUGAACCAGCUCACGGUGAACGCAAAGGCGAGUUCUGAGCAUCAUCUGUGUGGAAGGGGCGUGACGUAA